GAUCAAGCUAAAGCGCCCUGAGUAGUGCCGGCCGCCGCCCCUGCCCCUCUGCCUCCUCACGUUCGCGGAGACCACUGGAGUCCGUCACCAUCCUCCCCACGACGUGCUGCCCUGAACCCGCAGCCAUGUGCCGGACCCUGGCCACCUUCCCCACCACCUGCCUGGAGAGAGCCAAAGAGUUCAAGACACGGCUGGGGAUCUUUCUUCACAAAUCAGAGCUGGGCUCUGACACUGGGAGUGUUGGCAAGUUCGAGUGGAGCAGCAAACACAGCAAAGAGGGCAGAAAUUUCUCAGAAGAUGUGCUGGAGUGGAAAGAGUCAUUUGACUUGCUACUGAGCAGUAAAAAUGGAGUGGCCGCCUUCCACACUUUCCUGAAGACGGAGUUCAGUGAGGAGAACCUGGAGUUCUGGCUGGCCUGUGAGGAGUUCAAGAAGCUCCGGUCAGCUACCAAGCUGACCUCCCGGGCUCACAAGAUCUUUGAGGAAUUUAUCUGCCGUGAAGCCCCAAAAGAGGUGAACAUAGACCACGAGACCAGGGAGCUGACCAGGAUGAACCUGCAGGCUGUCACGGCCACAUGCUUCGACGUGGCUCAGGGGAAGACUCGCACCCUGAUGGAGAAGGACUCCUAUCCACGCUUCCUGAAGUCCCCUGCUUACCGGGACCUGGCGGCCCAAGCCUCGGCCACCUCUGCCUCUCCAGCCAGCUGCAGCCCCGCAGAGCCCUUGCACACUUGA